ACGUCCUGCUUCACGUCCACCACCACGUCCAACUGUUCAAGAUUUCACGUCUUCCCGCCAUUCCCUCUGUCUUGUUCGCAUUUGGACCCUAUACCCCGUCUUGCUCUCAACUUGCAUUUCAAUCAUGACAGUCUCCAAACUACUCAUAGACGAGCAAUUAGAUACGAUCGAUCCUCUGAGACAUCUGCUUCAAGACUCCGACGGUCUCGAUGUAGCCGACAUCGUUCCUGCCCAACCACCUUCGAUACACAACCAGACCCUUGACCUAUCUUUUGUAUCUUCUCUCAAUGGUGUCCCAAAUCCCAUUGUGAUUAAGCUGGCCGUUGACGCUUCACCGGGCUGUGGAGGUAUCGCUUGGCCGGCAGGCGAGGUACUAUCCGCGUACAUUUCUAGACGAGGGUCGUUACAAGGUAAGAAUGUCCUCGAGCUAGGCAGCGGCACAGGACUUGUCGGGCUGGUGGCGGGUACACUAGGAGCCCACGUAUGGAUCACAGACCAAGCUCCUCUGCUGGACAUCAUGAACUGCAAUGUAGAGAUGAACACUCUAUCUGAACGCGUGAAGGUGCUGGAAUUCAAUUGGGGCAGCCCAAUUCCUGAAAGUCUUCCAAGCCUCCAUAUUAUACUUGCUGCCGACUGUGUUUACUUUGAGCCUGCGUUUCCUUUGCUGGUACAAACCUUGACAGAGCUAGCUAUUGCGAAUGAAGCAGAGAUAUUGUUCUGCUAUAAGAAAAGGCGGAAGGCUGACAAGAGGUUCUUUACACUACUUAAGAAAGUGUUCACUUGGGAAGAGGUCACGGACGAUCCCAACCAAGCAAUCUACUCAAAAGAAGCUAUAUCAUUGUUACGCCUAAUGCGUCGGAGAAAGUGAAGCAUGUGAGGGUUAUGUAGUUGCUUUGGUGUUCUUGCUGUAUGGUUUCUGUAGAGGUUAAAUCAGAGAGAAAACCGACAAGUUGUAUU